AUGGAAGCGUUAGCAACGACCGGCCAUGCAGUAACGACGGCUCAGAAACCGAGACAUUGGCAUGACGGCGUGGAGCCGUUGAAAUUCAUUCGUGGAACGUGCACGGAUAAGACAUGGAAAUCUCCAAAGUGCCAAGGCCACUGCGUGCAAGAGAACCCGAGCGGUGGGGAGUGGGUGAUGCGUUGUGGACAAAAUGCCACCAAAUACUGUUGUUCUGCCGAGGAUUGCUGCAUGCGCAAUGAUUACAUAAAGAUCGAACUUGACCGUCCAACGGUCACAGCGACUGCAGGAAUAUUCUUAUCCGCAUCCACAUCGUUGACAAUAGCUCCUUCUUCCUCCGAAAUAUCGCCAUCCUCAUCAUUUCAAACACCAACGAGCUCACCAAGUGUAUUUCCCACGCCGAUAUCAGACCCUAGCAAAGAUCGGCGUUCUCUCGGCUUGAGAGUCGGUGUUGGUGUCGGCGUGGCCAUCGGAGUCCUCUUGGUAUUAGGUGCCCUUGCUCUCUGGAAAUUCUUCCAAAACCGAAGGAAGAGGAAAGAUGAGCCUGAAGAGGUUAUUGAACAUGGUCCGUCUGGCGAAACCUCUGAUCAGUAUAGAAAUGCAGGGGGGAUUAUACAGGAACUUCCCAGUAAGCAGCAGAGGUCUGAGCUUGAAUAA